GCUCCGAAUUGCGUCUUGUAACGAACGCUCAGAUCUAAUUCAGAAGGCGCAAAAAUGCGGAAAGUCGAGACUUGUAACUCGAUAGAAGCCUUUUUAAACCGGUCUGUGCUUUUUAUUCAAGGUAUCGAUCGGGAAUGCCCCAAGAGUGAAAUUCUGGCGGUGUUGAACCAGGUGUGCAAGGCGCCACAGCAGGGCCGGAUCGACAUCCUGCAGGGGCCGGAUGGAAAGAACCGCGGAACCGCAUUCUGCAACUUCUACAACAAAGAGGAGGCGGCGGCUGCCCUGGAGGAGUGGCGGUUUGGUCUGGAGCUGCGCGGGCGGCCGCUGCGCAUCCAGUACAGCUCGGACCGGGAGCACAAGGACCUGCUGCAGGGUCCGGCGAUGGCCCGUUUCAAGGUGCUGGUCCGCAACGUGCCUGAGGACAUGGACGCCCAGGCGCUGUACUACCAGUUCGUGGAGUUUGGCGAGAUCCUGCAGCUGUUCACCAGCUACGACGGCUACGGCCAGCACUUCGCCAUCAUCCAGUACAUCGAGAUCAAGGCGGUACAGGACGCCAUCAAGCACGCCAACAGAACCAAGGUUGACAACCACGUACUGGUGGUUGAGCAGUACCGCCUCAACCAACCGCCGCAACCGCUGCCACGGAACAUCAACAGCCUCGGCGCGAGCGGCGGCGCCACCUCAGCGCCGCCCCAGCAGCAGCCGGUGGCUGAGGCCAACGGCCCCUCGACGUCCGCCGCCGGCCCCGCUGGCCGCAUGGCCUCGCAGCCAGGCAUGACCUAUGCGGCCCUUCAGCAGCAGCAGGAGAAGGAAGCGGCGGCGGCCGCGCUGCAGCGCAAGGCGGCGGCGCGGCAGCAGCGCCAGUCGGCCUCCGGCGAGGGCGGCGACAGCAGUGGUGGCGCCGGCAGCGCGCCGGCCGGCCCCGCGCCGGCCCAGCUGCCCAUCCCCAGCUUCUACGCGGCUGCGCCCGCCGGCCCUGCCACCCAGGCCACAGCUCCGGGCAGCCUGCUCAGCCUGCUCACCACGGCGCUGCACCACGCGCGCACGCUGGAGGAGAUGCUGUGCUGCCCCAUCACUCAGGAGCCCCUGGCAGACCCCGUGCUGGCGGCAGACGGCAACACGUACGAGCGCGCCGCCAUUGAGUCCUGGCUUCGCGACCACGACACCUCGCCCAUGACCAACAGUGUGUUGCCGCACAAGAGCCUGACGCCCAACAACCUCAUCCGCAAGAUUGCCGAGGAGCUGCAGGGCAUCAGCCACGGUGACGACCCGGGCGCGGCAGCGGGUGGCAGUCGCAGCGAGGCGGCGGCGGGCGAUGCAGGUGCGGCGGCGGGCAGCGUUUAUGAGGACGCCGGCGCGGAGGACAACGGCGGCUACGGCGGUCACGCGUACGAGGACGCAGCGGCGGCACAGCAGGCGGCGGCGGUGGUGUCACACACGGGACUCACGGCGGAGCAGGAGGCGGCGGCGUCGCAGGCAGUGGCGGCGGCUGCGGCGUCCGCGGUGGCAGCAGCAUUCCAAAACCAGCAGCAACAGCAGCAAGUGUAUCAGCAGCAACAGCGGGCGAUGGCAUAUGUGGUGCCAGGCGGCGCAGCUGUGCCAGCGCAGUACUACCAGCCCGCGGCGGCGGUACAGCAGCAGCAGCAGUUCGCCGUACAACAGCAGAUGGCGGCGCUGAACUUGGGCGCUCAAGGGCAGUACAUGCAGCACGGAGGCACGACCUACUAUUACCAGUGAGCCCCGCUUCACGUGUUGGCCUGAUGUGUGUGUGUGUGUGUGUGUGUGUGUGUGUGUGUGUGUGUGUGUGUGUGUGUGUGUGUGUGUGUGUGUGUGUGUGUGUGUGUGUGUGUGUGUGUGUGUGUGUGUGUGUGUGUGUGUGUGUGUGUGUGUGUGUGUGUGUGUGUGUGUGUGUGUGUGUGUGUGUGUGUGUGUGUGUGGUGUGCGAGUCCGCCGUGUCAUUGGUCUGCGUUGUUGGAAUGUCGUAAUCCGUCGCUGUUGCGUCAGCUUUGUGGGGUUUGCUUUGCUGCACUUCGUCGGUCUGUCGGUAUGUGUUAGCGUUAUGGGAUUCGUUGGUCUUGGGCACGGGCUCUUUCAAUGGCAUGCGCCGGGGCGGGUUUUGGCAGGUGGCACGUGUGUGUGCUGCCGUCCAUACAAGCAAGCAGCAGCCAGUCGUCAUGCCAGUUGCAAUUUCAGCCAGGAGUGCCAGGAGUUUACAGGGUGGUUCUGCAACAUGCUUGCGCAGUGGGCAAUGAGCCGCCAGCCAGCCAGCAAUCCAGCCAGCCGGGACGGUUACCGGUCGUCAGCUGCGGACGCGUGCUGCCCAGCCACAGCCACGAGGCUAAGAGCCGGUGCAAAGCAUUCGGCACACGCCCCCACUUGGCCACUGUUAUGCCUCCUCCAACAUACACCGCCGCCCCCUCCUCAAUAAUGCUGCCUUGCUGGCUCUGUGUGCGGCCCUGUGCGGCCCUGUGUCGCAACAUGUCGGCCCAUCUAUCCCGGUACACACAGGGACGGACUGCUACGGCGUCUGCAGCACGGUUUGCAGGAGCAGUAGCUGGUGUAUCUCACGGAGACGCGAUGAGACGGGGCGGCAUUGGAUUCUCCUUGCAAUCGGAAGGCAUGAUUAUGAUUUGCAGCACCGGGUAGUAGUACAGGCAUUAGUGUAUGAUUUGUUGUUGUGUGGUUAUUGUCAGGACGGUGGCUUCCCAGGAGAUGUGUUGCGCUGGGUAGCUGGCACCAUGCAUGGGUUCGAGUUGAUGAUCGCAUACAAACCGCGUCGCCCGGGCGUCUUGCUAUUCGGGUUGCGCUAGUGAUGUGUGUGCCACCCAAGCCGCGGAGAAGGGUAGGAGGUGGGCAGGCAGACAUGUGAAGUGCAGGAAUACGCCUGACCGGAGGGGUGAGGGCAGGUAGUGUCAGUGGCAUGGGGGCUGACACAUGGUGACAGUUGUGCAUGAGAGCCAUUAGAGCAGGCC